UCCUUUUUAUUCUCUGGUGAUGCCAGUCUAGCAUGCUCCUUUCCCUUCUUCUACAUAAUUAUACUACUCUAUCCAGUACACCCUUUUUUUUCCCUUAAAUUUCUUCCUAUUCCCAUUUAUUUCCCUAUUAAUUUCCAUUUUUUCUGGCUAAAACAUUUCCAUUUUCAUCAUAUAAACCAUAAUAAUUAAUAAUUCUCUCAUACUGUUAAUCAUCAAAUUAAACACACACAAAUCAUAUUAUUAAUCUCACUUUUUGCUGAUUAUGGAGUAAUUAAGGCACUAAUCCUAUGAUUUAAGAUUAAAUUUUCAUAAGCAAUAAUGUGGGAAAAUCUCAAUGGGUCCAAAUUCCAACAUUAGGUAUGCAAUUUUUACUAUAUGGGUUAUUCUCAUCUUAAAUUUCUCGGGUUUUAUUUUAUCGUCAUCAUCACAUUCAGUAUAUUCUGCUUAUACGAGUAAUUAUUCUACUAAUCUAGAUGAUUAUCUCUAUAAUUACUCUACUAGAUCAUUAGCUCAUAAAUCUCAUACUGGUGUUCUAUACAACAUUACUAAUCUCCCUUCUAAAUUUUCUAAUAUGAAAAUUUCUAUUUUAAGGUUAAGGAGUAGAACAUUAUGGUCUCAAGGAGCUAAUUUUAGUUAUUUUGAUAUUCCACCAAAAAUUAUCACAAUACCUUAUGUAAAAAGAUUAUCCAUUAUGUAUGAAAAUUUUGGAAAUUUAUCUUCUCAUUAUUUUGAUUUACCUGGUUACACGUUUCUUACAAAAGUAAUAGGAAUCGCAGUAUAUAAUGCAUCAGAUUUAAGUGGAAAUACGAGCUUUAAUAGGCUUAACCUUCUUAAUCUCACCUCGAAAGGUGAGGUUAUUAUGAAGGUUAAGUUUACACGAUCAGAAGAAUUUACAUUGUCAUCAUUAUCAUCGGCCCGAGUAGGGAGACAUAAUAACACAAAGGAAAACAUGUUGAGAAAAUGUGUUAGAUUUGAUCCUAUAAGUAGUUUAGUUGAAUUGAGUGAUAUGUUAAGUCCUAAUACGUGUUUAUCACAAGGUUUAGGGCAUUUUGCUAUAGCAAUGCCUAUACAUAAUGACUCUAUUUUAUCACCUCCACCUUCAUCUUCUCCUUCACCUUUAUUUUCCCCUUCAAUUACAUCUAAAAGUAGACGAGAAAGAAAGAGAAACAUCGCGAUAUGGUUAUGGUGGAUGAUUGGAUUUUUAGUUGGAAUCAUAAGUUUGACGACGAUUGUAUUGUGUUUCGUUAUUGGUUACAAAAUAUUUAGAUUGCGGAAAUUGGAAAAAAUGGAAAAAAUAGCUGAAAAAAAUAUCUCUCUUCAAAUAAAAUGGAUUGGUAAUAGUAAGUUACCUAUGGGUUCUAUGUCUAGAACUCAAGGUGUUCUUGAAGAAGAUUUAGCUCCUUGAAUAUGACCAAUUUAAUUAUUUUAUUUCAUUUUUUUCACAUUUAAAUUUGUUAUUCUCUUCCUUGGAUAAAUAUAUAGUUUGUGUACAAUAUUUUCUACUCUUAUUUUAUAAGCAUACCUUGAAAACUUGUAAAUAAUAUAUCAUGUAAUCAAUGAAAAAGUUUUCCCUAAUCUUCUUGCAU